AACAAAAAAUAACUUCACAAGCUUUUCUCCUUUGCCUCUCUGAUCGUCAUGCGUAGUCUCCCGUCCCUCUCUCAAAAUUAGAUUUUGUCAUUCUCCUUUUUGACCUCCCAAAACUUCAUAAGUCGUGAUAGUACUGAUCCAAAACAAAUUGAUUUCAUGCAGUUCUUUGGUUGGAGUUUUAUUUUAUGAGAUUUGAUGCACAUGCCGACAAUAACCUAGCGUCAGUCAACAAAGCCAGCAGGACCAAACGAGAGAACGACUUCUAUUUCUCAGCAAGAAAUCAAACGACUUCCAUUUCUCAUGACACCCAAUGAUAAUGUGGACUAAGCAUUACUACAGGCAAAAGUUAAUUUAUACCCUUGUCUUCUAUGGAUGUGAUGUUGUUCAUGGCAAUAACAAAGUUUAUGGCACAACUAUUUUCCCUCACAAUAUCGGCCUUAGAGCCACCAGGUACGUAGAGAUCCUAGCUGGGGAAGAUACUAUGAAAGCUAUGGUGAAGACACCCAAAGUCUGAGGCGUUAGUUUCAGUUCGAUCUCCCAAUAUAUCAAACUCAUUUGUAAUGGGUUUGACCAACCAACUUCGAAAAAAAAAUAGUUUGAAUACUUGAAUGAUAUUGCCUUACUUUUUCAUG